GAAGAAUGCGCGUGAAAACAACUCUAAAUCUCCUGGGAUUAUUCCACACUUGGUCUCCUCCAACAGUUUUUCUUCAGCUCCAAUCAAAUUUUAACGGAAGAAAUCGAUCUACCGGUGGAGUUUGAGGAGGAGAUGGUGUCCCCCGAAACCGCUAACUGGAUAUCCGACCUGAUCGAUGCCGACUAUGGAAGCUUCACCAUCCAAGGUCCUGGUUUCUCUUGGCCCGUUCACCAACCUCUUGCCGUUUCUUCUAACUCCAGCGCGGGAGUUGAUGGUUCGGCUGGAAAUUCAGAAGCCAGCAAGGAACCUGGCUCCAAAAAGAGGGCGAGAUGUGAAUCAUCCUCUGCCACUAGCUCAAAAGCAUGUAGAGAGAAGCAGCGCCGAGACAGGCUGAAUGACAAGUUUACCGAAUUGAGUGUAAUUUUGGAGCCUGGAAACCCUCCCAAAACAGACAAGGCUGCAAUCUUGGUCGAUGCUGUCCGCAUGGUGACACAGCUACGCGGCGAAGCCCAGAAGUUGAAGGACACCAAUUCAAGUCUUCAGGACAAAAUCAAAGAGUUAAAGACUGAGAAAAACGAGCUGCGAGAUGAGAAACAGAGGCUGAAGACAGAGAAAGAGAAGCUGGAGCAACAGCUCAAAGCCAUGAAUGCUCCUCAACCAAGCUUCUUCCCAGCUCCACCUAUGAUGCCAACUGCUUUUGCUUCUGCUGCGCAAGGCCAAGCUCCCGGAAACAAGAUGGUGCCAUUCAUCAGUUACCCAGGAGUUGCCAUGUGGCAGUUCAUGCCUCCUGCUUCCGUCGAUACCUCUCAGGAUCAUGUCCUUCGUCCACCAGUUGCUUAACUUGGAGAAAAAAAAUCAUCGACUGGUUUGCUUCUUGCUUCUGCUGAAAAAAAAGAAAAGUCCAUUUGUUUUACUCUCCUCUUUCUCGGCUUUCUUAGUCUUAUCGUUGCCUUUGUUUUAUCGUGUUAUGGUCGUUUGAAUAACUGUUAUCUGCUGAACAACUGUAAACUCCAAUUGCUUGGCGCAAUGUUAUCUAUUUACAUGUAAAUUUAAGUAGAGUUAGGCA